GUUCACUGUCUUCUGAUUUGGCGAUCAAAAGGAAAAACUGGCGACCUAUUGCGACUACGAUAAUUAUGCAAUACGCAAUUGUUGAAUUUACCGAAACACGAGAGGUCGAGGUGGUUCCUUGCUCAUGGAUCACUGGCGACAAAUGUCUUUGGCCAAAUCGGCCAUCAAGCAAGGUUCAAUGUAUGGUGAAGAAAGGUUUGCCUCCUGGGCUAGACCGUGUCGAGUACAGUGCCAAAGUGAAAGGAAUAUUUGCAUCAUACCACGAUGCUCGGCUGAAGCUGCCCCUGUCUGAGUUAACCUCGGACAUUGGUUCAGAUGUUGUUCCUGCCAAGAGAAGGCGAAAGGCGAAAGUGUUUGAAAGUGAAGAAGAAGAAGAAGGAAGCUUCCCACCUCUUCCCGAAAGCUUCGUCAAAAGCACUCAAGGUGCAACUCCAAUACGAGUGGCUUCCAGUAAAGCACCGGCACUAUCCGCACGACCUGAUGCUAGGAAUGACACCCAAUGUGUCAGCCAAGGAUCCAGCUAUCUGCUGCAACUAGGGGAUGAGUCAGAUGCUGAUACUGUGAUAUCUGAACCACACUCAGGAUCUGCAUCAGUACCUCCAUCAUCAACAAAAAGUAUUCUAGGAAGCAGUGACAUGUCUACACGUACAGCAGUGCAAAACAAACCUGCAGAGGAAUCUUCUUCAGUCAAUGCAGAAAGCAGUUCCGUGCCUCUACAUGAGUUCCAGCGUCAGGUUCUUCGAUUACUGAACAUCAUACGCUUGAACCAGCAACAGCAGGGCGACCUCCUAUAUGGCUUCACAUCUUUAAAGUCUAGUACCGUGAUGCCUGAACAGCCCAUAAUUGUGCCAGAGCCACUAGACACUAUUGAGCAGCUGGACCAGUUCGAGAAGCAGCUAACACCAGAAACCGAGAAGCAGCUGGCUCUAGAGCUAGCACGUCUGGGAGGAACCUCCUGUAAAAUCGCAGUGAAGAGGAUGCUUUGUCAUCUCCUAACCAACAAGUUAGCUAUGCUGUUUAGUUGGCUUGGCAACAAAGGCAAGGAUAGCUUCAAGCACCUCAAGAUCGUCAGCAUCAUUUUGCGUGGUGUGCGGCAGAUAAAAAAGUUGGAAAAAACGACUGAGUUCGACGUGGAAACUGAAAUCAAAUCAUGGUUGCGCCACGCGAAAGAGCGACAGGCCCGAACGCAGAAGGACUGAAACACAGCCACCCAGACUGACCAACCAAGACUCCUAUAAAGGCUACAUUGUUGGCGUUACAAGGUGACUUGCCAGAGCCUAGUCGAGUCUACCUAGUCAAGUAUUCUACAUUGUGAGAACUUUUACUGCUACGUGUACCUGUUUUUCUUACUAAGCGAGCUGCUUAAAGGAGUAGAGCACCGUCAAACAUUUUGCUUAGCACCGGGUGUUUGAAACGCAUCACAAACUUUUUGGAAGAUGCUGUGUGAAGUUCGCAAGUUAUCCUUUGGCACAAGUCUGCAGCAUUUACACCAUACGUGCCUUUCUAUGUUCUAGUUGUAGUAGCUAUUGCGGUCCUAAGCUGUGCGUCCAUGAAGCCAUGCUGCCUUGCCUGUCAAGGAAUGAUAUGUUGAAAGUUAAGUGUUUUCGUGCGGCUUCCUCGAGUGAUACCCCUGUGGUAUAGCAAGUCUUCGAUGAUCACCAAAACCAGUGUCCAUUGAAUGCUGGUGUAGCAUCCCCAUUACACGCAUGGGGGCACUGGAGAUUGGACAGUCAUUGGACAUUGGCAUUGAUGACCAUCGAAGGCUGGCUGUUUCACAGGGUUAUUAGAUGUCAUGCCCCCGAGCUUUAUCCUUUAGCCCAUUACCGUUUUUUUUUCUUCUUUUUUGAUGUGCGGAACAUUUUUAGCUGCUAAUUUUGGUGUCACAAGAACAGUUCAUAUAGAAGACACGCUGCCUUUGUAAUUUUCUAAAGAUGUGUCAUGUUGUGGUGGCAACUUUAGACCUGUGUAUCUCAUGUUUGCAUUCCUGUCAAUCCCUACGUUACAUACAU